GGAGACAUGAGAAUUAGAGUCGUGUUUGUUAACCGUGUGAUGCUAGUGAAGAGGUGUUGAUUGUGGACUAAGUAUGCCUAGAUGGAGAUAAUAGUGUAUGUAGGUGAUGUUAUUUGAGAGCCCGGUAUUAUAUUUCACUUUAAUGUCUUUAUUGUUUGUGAUAAUGAGGGUUUCUGUUGACUGGCAUGACAACACUUGUUUCAUUUCUUUCAUCCAGGUCAUGCCCACUGAUCGAACAAUUUGGUUUGGCGAUCGAGCCGAGGCCAGUGGAAGUGAAGGCACGUGUUCUGCAGCCGCCAAGUGCUAAAUUUGGUCGUUCCGGUGUGCAACCGCUAAAGGCAGGUAGCUGGAUGUCACCUGACUUUCAUGAGCCAGCUGGCAAGGGAGUGGAGCUGAUGUGGGCCAUACUUUGUGUUCCACCUAAUCAGCGGUCUCAGAGUCACAUACAAAAGGUGAUGUCAGAAAUGCCUAGAGCAGGAAGUCGCUUUGGGGUUCGUCUAAGCCCUCGACCUAUUGUGGCACAGUGUCCUACAGGAGAACUUGGCAGAAGGUUUGAAGAUUUCAGUAGACAAGGCUGUUCGUUUGUGCUUCUAAUCUUGUACGACGAGCGGAACUACUCGGCAGUUAAACGCCUGAGUGACCUGCAAAUGGGUAUCCGUACACAGUGUGUACUUGGUCGUACUCUGGAGAAGGCGAACGUUUGCCCGAACCUGUUACUGAAGCUGAAUGGGAAAUUGGGUGGUGUGAACUGGCAGAUCCCCGACCUGAUUAAGAACAGUGGUGAGUUGCUGAUGGUGUUUGGGGCGGACGUGACCCAUCCGGCGCCGACACAAACUCAUGGUGAAAUUCGGAAGUCGGUGGCUGCUGUUAUUGGUAGUGUAUCACCGGAUCUAAUGAGGUACGCUGUGGUGAUCCGCCAACAGGCGACGACAGAAAAGGGGAAUAAGGGAGCGAGAGAAAUAAUCGACGACAUGCGUGUUAUUGUGAAGGAGUUGCUUGAGGUAUACUUGCGAAAUACGAACGGUCGUUUCCCAACGCGUAUAAUAUUCUAUCGUGAUGGCGUCUCGGAAGGCCAGUUCGAGAAUGUGUUGGUAGAGGAGUUGGCGGCGAUCCAGAGAGCUUGUGCAGACAUUCGUCCUGGUGAAGAACCCGCGAUCACGUAUAUUGUUGUGCAGAAGCGUCACCACAUUCGGUUUCGACCGAGCGAGCCUAGGGCGAGAAACGUGGAGCCAGGGACGGUGGUUGAUACAGACAUCACACAUCCCAGGGAAUUCGAUUUCUACUUGUGCUCACAAGAAGGGAUUCAGGGCACUUCGAAACCUGCUCACUAUCACGUUUUAUAUGAUGACAGUGACUGGACGUCGGACGGUUUGCAGUUGUUCACCUACCACCUAUGCUAUGCGUAUAUGAGGUGUUCGCGUAGUGUCUCGUAUCCAGCGCCAACUUAUUAUUCUCACUUGGCUGCAUUUCGUGCUCGUGAAUGGUUAUCGGACGUGGAGAAGCCAGAGAUUCUGUUGGACGGUGGUCGUUUUAAAGUUCACAGCAGCCAAGUUGACGGGAUGUUUUACUUGUGAGGAGAUAUUUUAUUUUUAUAUAAAUUGCACUUUAUUUUAAUC